AUGGCCAACGUUGUUGAACAGAAGUGCAUCAAGUGCAAGAAAAUCUUCACACAGGUGGGCAGCACAGUGCAUCACUGCAGAGAUUGCAAGGCCAAAUACUGCUCUGCCCAUUGCAAGAACAAUGAUUGGGUCGCCCAUGAGAAUGCCUGUGGCAUAGAGUGGGAUGAGAACGGCAACGUGAUACAGAAGAGCAAUAGUCACCUCUGCCACGCAUACGCGCCCAACGAGGGUGGCAAUAUCAUCACCUAUCAAGAGGACGAGAACGUCGCCAUGAGACUACUGAUCGAGGCCUAUAGGAUCACUGACGAGGACGAUCGCAUCGCUAAGGGCAGGCUGAGCCUUGAGACGGACAAACCGAAGCCUCAGUACAUCACCGGCCACGCUUUCAAGGGUUUGCAGGACUUCUUGCGCGUUCUCGAGGGGACGCGGGGCGUGCUUCCGUAUUGGUGGAGCCGCGAGAAGCGUAAGGAGUGCGAGGAGAUUGCCCAGAAGAUGUAUCAUUGGAGCGACAUCGAGACUGAUGUGCCUAAGGAGAUCGACGCACCCUGCCGCUUCGGAGGUCCGGUUAUGAGGGUUCCGCUUCGCAGGUUCGUCUCGUUCUUUGCCGGCGUCGGGCCCUUGGAGAAUCUUCUUUGA